AUGACUCUUUAUGGCGCCGAUGCCGUAGCCCUGAGUGCGAUCUUCCAUGAUGUUGCGACAGAGUUUGAUCUGCUUAAUCUAUUCACAAGACCAACAUUAACGAAUACUGCCCUGCAGGAAAGCAAUAAUACCGUACUGCAGAAUUAUUUGGCAGAGCCAGCCGACAUCAAUCAGCACUUUCAACGAGUGUUGCAAAAAUGUGGAUCCUUAAAAAGUAGCCCUUUCGACUGUUGCAAUUUUUUUGGCUUGUAGAAUCAAAACACGUCUCAUCUGCGAAAUCACAGCAAGAAAAUGUGGUUACUAAGUGGACUACACUGGAGGACGGAUUAGAAACCUACUUAUACGAGCGCAAAGUCAAAGAAAUUAGGUAUUUUCUUGUAUUGUCUGUUAGCUCAUUUGUACCAGCGCGCAACACGCAGAUCUUUUUAGACUUGCCAGUGAAGAAAUGAAAACAGAGGGAACUGUCUCACACAUAGAAAGAUAUGUGGCCGACUCAGCAAGAAAGUUGGCUAAGCUGGCUGAUAUUGUUUCCAGGCAAGUUAGCUGUUUCUAA